AUGGAUGCAAUGGAUGCUAUUUGUGGCGUGCUGGGGAGGCUUCUGAUGAAGGAAAUCUCCAAAGAGGAUGUGCUCAUCAUCUCUGAAGAAGGUGUGUCAGGCUAUGUAAGCAAGGUCGUGUUGCCACGUUUGGGAGACCUGGUCUUUGAAGGUGAGGAGUGUGACACAGAGGAGGCCUCUCGAGCAGCUGCGCUGAGAGUUUGCUUGGAGGUUUUCGCAUCUACCAGUGACCUGGCAAGGGACCUCAGAUGGUAA